CCACGAUGUUCUCCUGCUGUCGCCGCCACUCCUCGUCCACCACUCGCGACCCAGAGCCAGCCGAAGCACGACAGAAAGGAGGCGAGCUCGCCGCUUCAACGGCCGCUGUUGACGUGGUGAAUGAGACGCCAGUGUCAAGCACCGCGAAGCCACAACAGCCGCCUACCAGCGAAGAAGAGCAGCAAGGCGACGAUGGCGAAGACGCAAAGGGCGUGACACAAUACCAAGCGCAUCCAGCACCGACCACUUCAACUACUGUUUCUGCCGAGGACGAACAUGCGAUUCGCAAGGAAGGCGUGUCGCCUGCUGGGCUGCGCCAGUUCCUUGCCGAUCUCAAGGCAGCACACCCAGACACGUACCAGGAGAUGACCACCAAAGAGGCGUGCGACAGCGUGGUGAUCCCACGCACCAAGGCGAAGCAGUGUGCGUAUGUCGACGUCAUGGAUUCACAGCACGUGGGCAGGAAGGCGACCGUGUUUGUGUCGCACGCGUGGCGCUACAAGAUCGUGGACGUGAUUGGCACCCUCCUGGAGUUUGCAGGCGAGCAAGGCGAGGACGACGGCGAAGACGAAGCGCAAGUGUUCUUCUGGUUCGAUCUCUUCAUCAACAACCAGAACACGGACAUCACAGCCAACCUUCCUCAAGAGUGGUGGAGCACAACGUUCAAGAAGUCCAUUGCUGCGAUUGGCCAUGUGCUGCUGGUGUUGACACCGUGGCACGACCCCGUGCCGCUGACACGGGCAUGGUGCCUGUGGGAGAUCUUCUGCAGCGCAAGUCAGGAAGACGUGCAACUCACCAUCCGGCUGCCGAACGCACAGCGAGACGCGCUGAAGGAGGCCGUGCUGGAGGAUCACGAGGCCGUAACAGACGCAAUGGUGCGCGUGCAGGCCGAGCGGGCAGACGCCUGGGACCCCAAGGACAAGGAGAUGAUCUUCAAGGCAAUCGAGGACGGCGUUGGCUUCCUACACUUGAACAAGGUGGUCAAGGACCAGAUGCGGAACUGGUGCUUCUCAGAGAUGCUCUCCUUUGUGGAGCCAGCUGAUGACGAGCAGGCUGAUACGCCCCAGUUUGCGCGCCUCUGCUACUACGUUGGUGCAUCCCUGUUGAAGGCUGGUGACUUUGAUCACGCGUUGCCGCUGCUCGAGCGAGCGCUGGACGCGUGCUUGAGAGACUAUGGGCCAACGCACGAGAACGUUAUCGCUGCUUACGGCGCGAUUGGCCAGGUGUUCAAGAACAAGGGCGAGCACGACAGAGCCAUUGAGUGUUUCGAGAAAAUCCUGCAGAUCAAGUUGGACACAUUGGGCGACAAAGACCCAUCCACAGCAGCCACAUUCCACGAGCUCGGCCAAGUGCACAGCAGGAAAGGGGAAUACGAUCGCGCAAUCCACUGCUACGAACAGAGCCUGCAGAUCAAGCUGGGCACGGUGGGCAAGACGCAUCCCUCCACAGCCACCACGCAGGCCUCCCUUGGCCAGGUGCACAGCGCCAAGGGCGAGUACGAUCGCGCCAUCCAGUUGUUCAGGCAAAGCCUCCAGAUUACGUCGGCGGCAUUGGGCGAGAGGCACCCAGAAACAGGCACCCUGUACAAUUGUCUUGCUCAGACUUACAACAGGAAAGGCGAGUAUGGACGCGCUGCGGAGUAUUAUGGCGAGGGCCUGCGCAUUCAGGUGGAUACGCUGGGCGAGCUGCACCCAAGCACAGCGAGCACCUUCAACGAGCUUGGUGUGGUGCUCUACAACAGCGGCAAGUAUGACCGUGCGAUUGAGUGCUUCAACAAGGCGCUGCACACCUACGAGGACACGUUGGGGAAGACACACGCGCAGGUGGCAACAACAUGCGCCAACUUGGGUCAGGUGUUCAACAGCAAGGGUGAGGCAGACCGCGCCAUCCACUACUAUGAGCGAAGCCUGCACGUCAAGGUGGAGGCGUUGGGCGAGCUGCACCCCUCCACAGCAGCCGCAUAUCUGACUGUGGGUGUCCUGUACAAGAACAAAGGCGACACUGCACGUGCCAGGGAGCUGAUUCAACACACUGUCGACAUCUGGACAGCCACGGUUGGUCCCAAUCACGCCAGCACCAAAGCUGCCCGGGAAUGGCUAGCUGAGCUCGUCGAUUGACUGAGCUGGCAGCAGUGAGGGAGAGAGAGAGUGUGUGUGUGUGCGUAUGUGAGGAGUGAGUGAGUGUGUGAUUGAGUGAGUGAGUGUGUGAGUGAGUGAGUGAGUGAGUGAGUGCGUGUGUGUGUGUGUGUGUGUGUGUGUGAGUGAG